CACGGGGUGCCCUCGGGGAGUGACGGAAUCGUGAGGGCUGGAAGGAAGGGACCUCUGGGGAUCAUCCAGCCCCACCUCACCUGGAGCGGGUGACACAGGAACGCCUCCAGUGCUUUCAGUUCCAAGGACUGGCAAGGCAUUUGCAAAUGCUUUUGAGGUAACUCUGGUGGAAGUGAAUCUCUGAUUACCCUGACAGCCAGGACAGCUCCACCCAGGAUCUUGGGCAAAACAGCUCCAAAAAAGAAAGAAGAGUUGUUUCAGCGGCAGAGGGUAACGUGCAGGGAAUUGGUGUGUCCUUCUGGCCAAGCUGCCUGGGCCCACGUCACUCCUCCAUCAUCAGCAAAGGCACCAGGUUUGCCAAUCCUCAGCUUGUCACUGCCACCUGAGCCCUGGAAGAACUAAGGGGAGAUCCUCAAGGUCUCUGGUGCUGCCUUGAUCGGUGGUGGUGGGUGAAGUGAGCAGCAAGGCCUUUCAGCAAGCAACCAUCUGGGGUGGAAGAAGUGCUUGCAGCCAAGGUUCAUGAUGGGGUGGCAGGGUUUGGGGAAGGGCUGGGGAAAAUCUGGGGUGGAUAUGAUCUAGGCUUAUCUGUGAGAUGGGAGGGCAUCUCUGAACGACUGGAGGGUGGUCAGAUGGUGUGACAACAGAAGUCCUGUUGGAACUCCUAGAAGAGGGAGGAAGUGAUUACAGUCUAUGCUGUGCUUGCAGAGGUGGAGUAGCAGCAUGGAGGAGCAGGUGAGCCGGGCAGAACUGCCUGCAGCCUUGGACAGCACACUCACGGUCCCCAGGAGUGGGCUUCAGCACGCAGCUGUCACCUCCUAUGGAUACAAACUGCAGUGCCUCUGGAUCCAGGUGAGGAAGAUCGCCAGGGAGAGGGACAAGGCGAAGCUGGACUUGGAGAAGGCAGAGAGACGCUGCCUGCAUCUUGGCAGGGAGCUGGACGAGCAGUACGUCGUUCUCAAGCACACCCAGAGCAAGCUCAAGGAUUUUCAGGCAGAAAUAGAAGCAAAAGAGCUGCUUUUGCAGCAAGCAGUCAGUCACCAGGCAAAGCUGGAGGCUGAUACACAGUUCCUUCAGGGCAAAGAGGCCAGCCUGCAAGGGAGACUGAACCACGUGAUGAAGCAGAACACAGAGCUGCAAAACAAGGUCACAGAGAUGACUGAGAAACUGUCAGCCUCUGAGGAACUGGUGGUGGAGCUGCAGAAAGAACUCAACCACAUUGUGAAGGAAAAGCUGGGCCAGGUGGAGCCCCACAGCCCAGAGUUCCUGAGCCAGAGCGAACUCUUUGCCGAGAUUGUCCUGGAGUACGAGCGGCAGUGCCAGAGAGUCAAGGUGCUGUAUGACCAGAACAGGGCGCUGCGGAGGGAGCUGCAAAGGCUGCGUCUCCAGCUCCAGGAGAGCAGGGCUGUGACGGGGCUGCCAGCAAGAGGCCUGUCCUUACAGGGCUCCUCUCUGCCAGAAUGCCCCUCUCCAAGCCCUCUCGUUCCUACUUCUACAUAUACAGAGAUGUCACUCCCAGUGGAGCAGCUGCAGGAGCUGAAAGUGCAGCUGGAAACCAAGAUAAACUACUACAAGGAACAACUAGAGUUAAUGCAGAAAAACUUUGAGAGAGAGAAGAAGGACAGUGAGGAAAGCUUCAAGGCUGAGAUGCACAAGAUGGAAGAUCAGAAGAGAGACCUGGAAGAAACAGUUGCAAAGUACUGGGCUGUAAUUAGUAGCCUGAAAGAGCAAAAGCAUAUGUGGAGUCUGGAGCUGGAGGAGAGGUUUGAGGUGGAGCAGGCCAGGGUGGGACAGCCCCACACUGAAGACAUUUGCCAUCCAGGGCAGCAGCUGGACCAGGAGGGAGAAGAACUGAGGACACAGCAGCACCAGGACAGAUUGAGCCUGAGGAAACACAUGAACAAGUUGGGCAGAGAGAAGGUGGAGGAGCUGUCUGAAAUAGCAGAGUUAACAGCGUUGAGCGAGAAGAGCAAAGAGGAGGUCUCCCACCCAAAUGUCAAGGUGCAUCAGCUGGGCUGUGAACUCACUGGGCGCAAGGCUGGUCACAGUGCUGGCCCUGGCAGUGCCCAGCUGCAGAGCCAGAGGCUUGCAGAGGCUGAGUGGCCACGAGGAGCAGAGGUGGCUGCAAGGCUGGAACACCACCAGAAGCAUGCAGCAUGUUGGAUGGAGAUGGAGCUGCUCCAACAGCAGCUGAAGGCCUCGCAGGAGAAGCUUUUAGAAGCCAAAGCAAGCCUGAGCCUGGCCCAAACCCAGCACGCUCUGCAGUUGCAGCAGGCCAAGGCCCAGAUGAACAACAUGGUGUCAAAGCAGCAGUUUGAGCAGCUGCAAACCACCUUGAGAGAGGAACAGUGCAAGAUUCAGCAGCUCCAGGAAAGCCUCCACCAGCAGGCUGAGCAAACAUGCAGGCAGCUGGUCAGGACCCAGGCAGAACACGAGCACCUGCUGCAGGCAGCUGUGGAGCAGGCAGAGGGGCUGGAACACAGCCUGAGGAGUGCUGAGGCUAUGCUGGCAGAGAGGGCAGCUCAGCUCAGAGACGCCCAGGCCCAACUCUCCAGGAACAAACUGCUGAUCGAAGACCUCCGUGGGAAGAACAGGGGGUUUGCAGUGGCCCUGCAGGCUGCUCAACUGAAGCAGAAGAGCACGGAGGAGAAGAACCAGCUGUUGGAGGAGCAAGCCUCAGCUCUGAAGCAGCUUAUCGGAAAAAUCACACCAGCAUCUCUGAGUGGGUGAUGGGACACCUUCAGUGGCAGUCCUGCCCCUGGUCCUGGCUGGGGUUGGUCAGGUGCAGAAGGGGAGGUAUGGCUGAGGUGGGAAAUCAGCCUUGUCCUCUCUGGUCUUGUCAGGAUGUUCCUGCGUAGAAAAUAGAUAAUGGAGAACCCAGACCUUUAAGGAAGUUUGUCCUGUGGAUAGCUGAAUUUUCCAACUGAAAGCACCAGCUUUGCUGCGUUUCUCAGUGGCAGAGUGUGCUGUUAUAAGUCAGGUCUGUCUCAGGGCAGCCAUCCCACAGGAUUUUCUUGAACUCCAGCAGUGUUUGGUGGUGAUGCAGAUGCUCCCUCUCUGUGGAGGGUUGAUGUUGAGGCCACACUGUUAUGGCUGGAAAGCCAGGGCAGAAGGGCUUGCAAGCUCCUGUGUUUGGCUCACUCUGAUCAGGAAAGCUGUGUGGUGGCAUUAAAAUGUUUGUAAUAUUACAGCACUUCCUGCCA